UUUACUAUGAAGUAUGAAGUUGUUGUUCUUCUUCGAUGGAAGUAAUUGUGUGUUCUGUGUUUAAAUACUAAUUACUAUAGUUUAACUUUAAUGAUCGAACAGAGGCCAGCCGCAAAGCGCAACUAUUGUGCAAUAUAAUUAUAUUUGUUGCAAUAUUAUUAAAAUACUAUGGAAUCCUCGACGGCUGCAAAGAUUAAGGCUCAUCCAAAUUGUGUGGAUGUAGAUAACAGCUAUUAUUUAUCAGCAGAACAAAAACAGUUUUAUGAAGAAAAUGGGUACCUUGUUAUCAAACAGAUGUUUGAUUUUGAUGAAUUAUACAACUUUAAACAGCAUUUUAUUCUCAUUGCCAAGGGGCUGGUGGAUAAAGGAAAUUCAACAGUAGUUCGUGAGCCAUCUCUUGUCAAGAAGGGGUUAAAAGGAGAGCAGGCCAUUAAUAAGAUCCAGGAGAUCCAUUAUGAUGAUGUUUUUAUGACUUAUACAGAGCAUCCAAAACUGUUGAAUGUUGUCUCACAGUUCAUUGGUGAUAACAUCCGAGUGAUGAACAGUAUGUUUAUCAAUAAACCACCUGGUAGUUCUUUUCACCCACCCCAUCAGGACCUAUUUUACUUCCCAUUUCGACCGGCAGAGAAAAUCAUAGCAUCAUGGACAGCUGUUGAUGAAGUCACAAAGGAUAAUGGCUGCCUCUUCAUCAUACCGCAUUCUCACAAGUUGGAUCAUUUGUAUGCACAUGGGCAUUUGCCGGAUGCAAAUAAAUUAUACCACGGUAUAUUAGACAAGUCGGUGUUUGACAGCAGCAAGUAUGUCCAGUUGGAGAUGACUCCCGGAGAUACAGUGUUCUUUCAUCCCUUACUUGUUCAUGGAUCUGGACCAAAUCUUACUGAGUCCUACCGCAAGUCGAUAACGGCCCAUUACGCCAGCGGUUACUGUCAGUAUGUGGACGUGGGUGGGACUGUCCAAGAAGUUGUCGCCAAAGACAUUGAGAACGAAGCCCAAAGGAGAGGAUUUAGCCUCACUUUUGUGGACACUUGGCGUUUUAAAAGCAAGCAAGUUAUGGGAGCGAGAGCAAACCUCUAAAAGGACCUAUUAUAAUACGUAUGAUACUCAAUUAAGACAUUCCAUUAGGUGAAAACAUUUUGCGGUUAAGGUUUAUAGAUGUCGCUCAUAAAAUAUAUUGCAUAUUUCACUCAUAGCAAACUUCAUGUCGCGUAGAAAAGGAUACACUGUGCCAUAACAAAGAGAGUGACUGAAACAACAAUAGAACUGGCUGUGUAACAUUGCAGUUGAAUUCGAUAGCCUAGCGAUCGUCCGGCAACCCAUCGGGGCAAUAUCGGCCAUAAGUGGCUAUACAAAACAUGUUUGGCUAUAUGGCCGGGAAAUUACUGCAAUAUUGCAUAGUAUGGCUGAUAUUGUUUGCA